GUCGUUUGCUCGCACGGAUGGCAGGCGGAAGCGGAAGCGCAGUGAUGUGUCGGUAAUGAUGGCGGAUAGCAGCGAUCAGUAUGAGUCGGUUCUGUGUGUGAAGUCAGAGGUCCAUGUUUACCGGAUCCCGCCCCGGAGCUCCAACCGCGGAUACCGGGCAGCGGACUGGAAGCUGGAUGAGCCGGCAUGGAGCGGACGCAUGAAAAUCACAGCUAAAGGAAAAACAGCCUUCAUUAAACUGGAGGACAGAAUCACAGGCGAGCUGUUCGCUCAGGCCCCGGUGGAUCAGUACCCAGGGAGCGUGGUGGAGUCCGUCAGUGACUCCAGCAGAUACUUCGUCAUCAAGAUCGAGGACGGAAACGGGCGGCAUGCGUUCAUCGGCAUCGGUUUCGCAGAUCGUGGCGACUCGUUUGAUUUCAACGUGGCAUUACAGGAUCAUUUUAAGUGGGUGAAACAGGAAGGUGAAUUAGCCCGACAGGAAGCAGCUCAGGUUUCAGCGCCGAAGCUGGACUUGGGUUUCAAAGAGGGUCAGACCAUCAAGAUCAACAUCGGGAACAUAAAGAAGAAAGACUCCGGCGGUGCAGCAGGGAAGUCUCGUUCGAUGAGCGGCUCUUUACUUCCUCCUCCACCUGGAGUCAAAUCCUCGGCUCUGGUUCCUCCGCCCACAGCACAGCAGACCACGCCCACUGCUCCGCCCAGCACAGGGAUGAUACUGGACUUCGGAGCCCCUGCCCCCGCCGUAGCUCCGCCCUCUCAGGACCAGUGGGGUGAUUUCACGGCUGCAGGCUCGGGGGCCGCUCAGGACUCGCGGUCGGGAUGGGUGCAGUUCUAGCGGACGGAGGACGCGCGGACGCUGUUUUCUAUGCAAUCACGCAGCUGCACGGCUGAUAUCUGCUGCAUUCCAGCGGGUCUUGAGUUUCAGACAUGUUUCUCUUUACUUAAUUGUCGUCAGUAUCGUCUCCCGUCUGUCUUUAAAGCUGAAAUGUGUCAUUAUAAUGACUGUUUCUGAACAGGUUUCCUGAACACUCGUCUCAUUGGUCGGCCUCACGGUUGGCCCCGCCCCAAACAGGUUAACAGAA